AUGGCGCCCACAGUACAUUCCGCUAAAUUGACACUCUCGUGUCCACUCUUCGCUACGGACUUUGACCCACGCAACAACGGUCGACUCCUAGUCGGCGGCGGAGGCGGCGAGGGACGUAGCGGAUUUCUGCUUGACACAUCGCGUCGUAACGAGGUCAUCGAGGCCAUUGAAUUAAACCUGUCGCGCGAUGAAGACUCGGUAACAUCGCUAGCUGCGGCCCCACGGGCUGGCGACGAGGCGGGCUCCCUUGUUGCUCUGGCCGGUAUAAAUAGCUCUGCGGAGCAACAGAAAAAAAACAACAAUCAACAUCUUCGCUCAUUUCGGUUUGAGGUGCCGCGGAGGGCAACCACUGUUGCUACUUCGAAUGCACAGAGCGCCGAAAAUAGUGAGAAACAGGACUCCAAGUCUGAAGAAGGAUCCAUUCCCGGAAAGGCUAUAGCUUUGUCGCAAGUAUCUAUGUUCCGAACCAAGAACGGGCUAGGCUCUUCAGAUACAUACCAGCGGGUGACGAGACUCUCACCAUGGCCGAAAGGGAAGGAGGGCACCCAGAAACACACACGGAUUGGAGCCGUUGCGACGGGUCUGGCGCCAUCCGGUGAAAUUGUGUUCUUCCGCGCCACAGAGAAGCCCAGCAGAAAGGAUAUUAUCGGCCGCAUCCAACUAAGCGGCAAUGAAGAGGCUGAGGACCUGGACUUUGUGAGCCUCGAACACGAUAUGGAAAAGACUGACCAUGCACACGGCCGGUUCCUUGUUGCUUAUACCAACGGCCCGGACGUCAUGGUUGGGGAGAUCUCGUCCUCUAGCCGCUCCAACAGCUCCCCCGACGUCCGCUCCGUUUAUAGCAUUCCCCUACCCGCCAGCGGAGCCCGCACAGCACGCCCCAAGUUCCGCGCGCUGCGAUUCCUCUCGCCCCGAACCCUACUCCUCCUCCUAAACGCCCCAAACCGCGGAGGUAGUGAGCUCGUCCUCCUUCAACUUCCUAGCGACAAAUUGAACAAGUCUAAAAUUCUACGACGUCGCAAGCUCCCUCGAAGCGUGAAAAUCGGCCUAGGGCUCGAUAUCUGCCAACUCGGAAACAACGCGCAAGGUCAACAACAGACGGUUAUCGCAGCCAGCGGCAGCGACAACUCGAUCCCUCUAUUCACACUAGAAUAUGGUCCAAACCGCGGCUACAGCAACUUCCGCCCCUAUACAACCCUUCGCGACGUGCACCCGUUCUCAAUGACCAAACUCACCUUCUCAACCUUCAUCGCACCUUCACACCCCAUAACCCCAGACGUCGGCCCGCAGAAUAUCAAACUUGCCUCUGUCAGCAUGGGCAACACAGUCGUCGUACACACAUUCCCACUAUCCCCCUUCCCAACCUCCUCCCGUGCCCCGCGCUACGUCCUCGUCACGCCCGGUCCCGCCGAGAUCUGGGAAUUAGUCUACAGCGUCAUCGUGCUACUAUUCUCGAUAUCCGCAAUCUGUAUAGCAAUGCUCGCCUUCGCCGAGAUCCGCGGCGGAACUCCGCCAGUCCUCGGUGCCACAGAAUGGCUCCCAGAUAGCAUCCGCGGAGCCAUCGCACGGGAAUAUGUCCUACCCCCACAGGAUCAGCUGACGUAUUUCGAUACACUUCUUGCACCCUGGGGAAGCAGCAGCGAUACGGAUAUCCCGGUGGCGACCAUCGUCUCCGCAGACUCGCAGAUCGAAUCCCUGCGCGAAAUCCUGGACCGUGUUCACCGCGCCGGUGCCGCGCCAGCCGAUCUUGAAACCGUCGCGCCGCAGUCUCUCUCUGUCAUCGUGCGGUGUGGUGCAGGACAGAAUGCCAAGCAGAGCGUAACUAUUGAAACUGCUGUGUCAGCGUCUGCGGACGAGUCCGAGCAAUCCGAGGAGCAGAAGCUGCAAGCUUGGAAGGAUCUUUCUGCGCCUGAGCAGAGUGCUUGGAAACAGAGGCUUGUGGAUUCCGGGCGUUGGACUGCUUCUGAGGGGGAGAGUGUCCUUAUUGGUGUUUUGUUUAGUGAGGCUUGUGAGGAAUUGGGGAGGGCUGUGAGGGAGGGGUUCCCUUGA